AAAGAUCUUGCACACGGCAGAGCUGCUUGAUUUCCAGUGCAACAGUUUCUGAAUCAGAAUGCAAAAGUGCAAUGCCUUUUUGGAGCUUGACAAAUCAUUAUAAGACAGAAAAGGUCUCCAGAUCAGAUCUGUGUGUGUACGGUGUGUUCGUGGAGUGUGUGAGUGUGUGUGUGGACAUCAUGUCUCCGUCAGUAAGACUAUCUGCUCACUAAAGCACUGAGGUGGGAAACAGCUGUUGUGUGGGAUCACGAGUCAGGAGCUCCGGAUCAUUAUAAACACACUCUCUUCAUCUUUUGGAGGGUAAUUCAGGAAAGCGAUGGCCCGUACACUUAACAGCAAAGAGUAUCUGUCAGUCAAGGACCUGGAGAAAGUUCUGGACUCGUGUAAAUUAAACUUGCACCAGAUCGAUGAGGUCUGGCCAAACCUGUACAUCGGGGACGUAGGAAUAGCACAGAACCGAGGCGCCCUGCAGAAACUGGGCAUCACUCACAUUCUGAACGCCGCUCACAGCAAGAGAGGAAGCAUCGGGGACCAGAACUACUACGGCACUAGUUUAGUGUACUGUGGGAUCCCCGCUGAAGACUCCACACACUUCGAUCUGGACGUUUACUUCAAACCAGCAGCAGAUUUCAUUCAUAAAGCCCUCCACACUCCUGACGGAAAAGUUCUGGUGCACUGCAUCAUGGGAAUGAGCCGCUCCUCGUCGCUGGUGCUGGCGUAUUUGAUGCUGUAUCACAACAUGCCUCUGCACGCGGCCAUACGGCGCACCAUCCAGAGACGAGCCAUCUAUCCCAACAGGAACUUCCUGGCUCUGCUGCUGGACCUGGAUCUGCAGAGGAAGAGGAAACACAGACGGUGUGUUCUCCUCUGAGAAAAACAUGACGAACGAUCACGACACGCCACGAGAGAUGUGUCUCUCCAAGCGACAUCAUCAAUGCAUGCUUACAGUAAUGUGGAGCUGGACCAAUGAGAUUUGAUUGUGGGCGGAGCUUAUGCAAUAGUAAACUUGAUUUUCUUGUCUUAAUUAAAAUUUGCCGAAUAUGUCCUCACUCUCAGGCCAUCUGAGAUCAGGAUGAGUUUGUUUCUUCAUCAGGUUUGGAGAAAUGCAGCAUUGCAUCAGUGUCUCAUCAAUGGAUGCUCUGCAGUGAAUGGGUGCCGUCAGAAUGAGAGUCUGAUAAAAACAUCACAAUAAUCCACAGCGCUCCAGUCCAUCAGUGAACAUCUGGAGAAGACAAAACCUGAAACACAUCCAGCAUUAAGAUGAUUUUAACUCAAAUAAUCCAUAAUAACACUUCCUCCAGUGAAAAAGUGCAUCUGCUGUUGUCUCUGUUUAAACGCUGCUUGAUCUGUGCAGAUUUCUCUCCUGAUUCAGACCAGAACACUUUUUCACUGGAGGAAGUUUUAUUAUGGAUUAUUGACUUUAUUCACUGAUGGACUGGAGUGCUGUGGAUUAUUCUGAUGUUUUUAUCAGACUCUCAUUCUGACGGCACCCAUUCACUGUAAUGCAAUGCUACAUUACUCCAAAUCUGAUGACCUGAGAGUGAGGACAUAUUCAACAAAUGCUAAUUUUUGGGUGAACUAUUAAUUUAAAUAAAAAUGUUCAUAUGUAUGCUUAUCAUACACUAAUACUGGUUGAUACAGUGCAUUUU